AUGUGCUGUGAAUUAACAAAACCUGAUAUUACCAUUAAGUAUAGGAAUAUAGAUUCGGAUUUUGUGUUUGUCUACGCAACUCUCAUCCAAGAAACAGUUGCAAUUGAACGAAUAAUUUCAUUGUUCAUUGAGCAAAAAGAUAAUAUAGAAAAAUUGCUAAAUUCACAUCCUAUCUAUGCUAUGCUUUUUGACCUAACUUUCAACACGAUUAUUCUGUGCCAUAUAUUGCCUGCUGGGUUGCCAAUCCUCUUGAUAGUGUUAAUUAAACAACUUACAGCUUUAUUUGAUAACCAAUUUGUAAUUAUUAAUCGUGUAGUUGAAAAGCAGAAUGAAGCAUCAAAUGACAAUAAUAGAGAUGUAAUCAAUAAUGAAAGAAUUUCGAAUAAAUGUAGUCAAAGAAAUGGUGAUGGAAAUAAAAAUGAUGGAAAUAAAAACAGUGAUAUAAAUAAAAGUAGUGAUAAAUGA